UCGGGUAUCGGGCAUAGAGCGCACCACGCGCAUCGUAGUUGUGCGAUUGACCGGCAAAUGUUCGAUCAUAAAGACAAUGUUGAUAAAUAACACCAUGUGUAUAACCUUAUUUGUUAGAGCUUUACGAGAAACUGUGAACAGUGAACCGUAGUAACAGGGAGAAGGAUUGUAAUUUAUUGGGACAUGUGAUAAUAGACAGAUAGUGGAUGUGUGAGUGAGUGUGUGAGCAUAUGGGGCAAUGCGUGUCCAGGGGUCAACCGGGCCCUUAUGGGUUCGUCCGGCACUAUGAUGCCGAGAGCCUCGCAAGCAACAUCAGUGGAUGCAGGGCGCAAAAGGGUCACUCUGAAUCGAAGGGUGCGAAGAAGCGGGAGAAGAGUGUCGGCGGGGGCGGAGGCGGAGGGGGGAACGGGAACAAACCAAGCCGGGGGGUGGCCACGUCGUUCGGGUUUCGUCGUCGGCCCGCCAGCUCGUCGCGCGCGGACGACAACGCGCGCCGCAAGAAGGCUCAUGACAAAAACGGCAAUGGCGGUUCCACGGAGGACUUACGACAGGAAGAAGUACUGUCGGGCCGGUCGACUCCUCUCGCGCGGCCUCGCAAGGAGACAGGAGGACAACCACUUAGAUCCAAUAGGUUCGGUUUCAGGCAGCCGCACAGCAAGACGGCGAAGGUGGGCGAUGUGAGCAUCAACGCCGAACAAGCUUUCGGUUUCAACGACAAGGAGUCUGCCAUUAAUAACAACGCUAAAGAUAAGAAAAGUACAACAAAUCAGCAGUACAACAACCAACUUCCCCUUCUAUCCACACAAGUCUCGUCUACGGGUCAAACCACAAUCGUGGGAGCAGCUGGCCUGCCCAAAUCUGUCACCAAGCAGACUGUCAUCCUCACUUACCAGCCGCAACAGUUCUCCGCACAAGAAUGUCGUCAGCGACCACCGCGUGGCGAGCAAGUUCGCGCAUCUUCCGUCACCAGGGCGCAGUGUAUAGGGGAGAAGCCCCCCGGGAAGUACACCUUCCAGACCAAUCAACUGCCGCGUCCGCAGUACCCAACUGUCAAGAACAUUGACACAAAAACCGCUAAGCAGGUGGUGAACAACACUAGGAAAGCUGACGGCUGGAGGGAAGGAGCAGGGUCAGCAGUAUCUACCGACUCUGGUGUGUGGACAGGGGCGGAGGCGGAUGGAUCUCCGCGCUCGCGCCGGCGCCCGCGCAACCUCGAGAUGGUGAUGCGCGAUUCGCACAGCUUCCACCUGCGAGAGCUGCUCGUGGCCGACCUUGAUAUCAUGGAUGAUGCAGUAGUAACCGGUCACGCAGUGAUUCCUCUUCCUAAACUUCCUAGCUCCUUCGACGAGCAGGAUUCUCCUGAAGAUGACUUCCCCACCCCCGCUCCCACCUACAGAUCACCGUCCCCUAUCCUACCAAAGCCUACUCCAACUCCCGUGGAUCGCCAGUCUCCCAUGUCGACUCUAGAGAGAUACCGCACAAGGACUAGGCCUAGCCGCAUCCAAAAUCUAGACUAUAAGGACGAGGAGAAAUUUGUUUUGGAUCGAGCACAACCUGAGAUGUUGAAUAAGCAGAACUCGUUCAUAAAAUCUCCACCUGGCGUGGCAUCACCAAACACAGUCAACUCAAGCAAGGAGUCCAGCCCAUCGUGCAAGAGCGAAGAGAGCCAUUUUGCCAGCGGCGCCUGGCAGAGCCACGCAGCGGGUGAGGCGAUGGCUACCAGGUACACCUACAAACGCAUAUCUCAAGACGACGUAUCCAUCGCACUAAGCGUUUCGAGUUGCGAAGAUGAGAAGUCCAAACUGGAGAUAAAGGAGGCUCAGAAGCUUCAAGAAAUGCCCAGGAAGACAAUCGUGAUCACGGAUGAGCCAUCUGUGCCCCACCCACUUCUCAUGAAGUCUAUUACUUUGAGCCAACAUGACUCAUUACGUGGCACUAUGAUGGGAUCAAUGUCGAGCUCAAACUAUAGCACCACGAGUACGUGCACUAAUCAAAGCGGUGACCAUCACAACUUCACGCUGACGCUUGAGGAGUCCAAGUUCGACAUGUCAGCACUCGAGACUUCCACCCACAGUCUUCUAGAUGAUGAAACCUCGCCAGCUGACAGUCUAAUUUCUUCGACCAGUACAAGUGAUUCGAACAAUGAUCUGCACGUGGAAAGGGAUCCGACGGUAUCGAGUUCAGCGUACCAGACGGCGAAUACAAAGACUAGAUCGCUUGAGCAGGAGGAGGUGGAUGGAGUUGCGCUACAACCUGUUAAGGAAGACAAUGAAACCCGCAGCCCAGAAGGCAGUGGCGAAGGCAGCAAGAAUCGUACCCCGGACUCACCUGGCACUCCCACUCAUGCAUCAGGGGAGCUCUCCCUGUCCGAUGGACGUGAUUUCUUCGACGAUGAGAUCGCUGACCAGCCGGCCCUGCUCUUCCGAAAAAAUACUGAAGGCAACCUAUCCAGCAAGGGAGUGGAAACCGAAGCUAGCAAGUUACUGAGGAGGUCCAGGGAACGUAUCACGUCUAGUCCAUUGGUGCAGAGGAAUCGCAAAUUACUUGGGCGCGGCGGUACAGAGCGGACCCCCUCAUUGGACACGCUGUCAAGCCUGGCCUCCGACGACCUGAUGAUGGAUAAUGACUUGGCACGCUCUAUCACCAGUCUACAAAGCGUCGACGACUACAUUGAAAGGCUGGACAGCUCGCUCCGCAGCGGUCUAAACUCCAUGGACGAGCGUCAACUUCGCCAGGAGCUAUCAUCAUCCCAAACCGCCGUGCGGCAAUGGAGUCAGCUACUCGAGCAGAGCCACAUGCUUGACCGCGAACUCGCCGCCAUCGCACAUGGGAAAACUGACACUCUGGCUGCUAGCACCACCAGCCUUACCAGUCUAGGAGCGAGCCUGCCCGUACGCACGGCGCGACUGCUGCAGCGGUCGCGUGCGCAGACGCCGUCGGAGGGCACCGGCGGCGGCGGCAGCGACGGCAGCACGUCGCCCGCACCUGCGCCCGCCACUCUACUUCAAGACGUGGUCGACAUUAAGACCCUGCUGCUACAGCUUAAGCGGGUCUUGCAGGAGCCCGGGGAGGAGCAUCAUUCGAUGAGUAGCGAAACUCUCGACCCGUUGCUAGCGGCGUGCGCGGAGAGCCCCGCGCGCGGCAACGGGCGCCGCCCCCCCGCCUCGCCGCUGCACCCCGACGCCUGUGCCGAGAUGCGUCGUCAGAUACUCUAUCUGCAGAGCCAGUUAGAGGAGCGCGACCGGCUGGUGCGAGUGCUGCAGCAGCAGAUGCUCCGGAUGGCGGAGAAUCACGAGCCGAAAGCCGACGACACCUGCAAUCGCGCCACGCAGACCGACCGGUUGCGGCCGCCAGUCAGCACGGCGCUAACGAGUUCUGAAAAUUCCGGAUUAGUGAGUUGGAAUGAACAAGCUAGCGGACGGAAGCUGCCGUUGUUUAGUGAAGCACAAAAGACUAAGAGACCUGUAGCCAACGGGACUGUAAUCAAAAUAUGCCAGUGUGGGGGGAGGAGAGUGAAUGGGUUGACGAAUGAGGAGGAAAGAAGGGAUCCCGUACAGUUAAGGACGACCAGUCGCGUGGGAUCGAAAUACUUGCAAGCCCUCGCGAACAGCGGUGCCGAAGCCCGACGCUACGUGAAACGUGACUCGUCCGUUGGGGAAAAAACUGACCGGAAAACCAUCAUCUAUUCCACGCGAUCUCGCUCAAUAGAGAACUUUCAAAACCACACCUAUGCUAUAAACGAACCCUUGCUUGCGAAAAAAGCCGUCAUCGAAGAGUCCUCGCUUAUCAAGCACCAUACAUCUUACGGCGACCUCUACAACGGCCGGAUUAGCAGCAAAGAAAGCGUGAACGGCAAUAGACAUAGUCCUAGUUUAAAUGGUCAAUCUACUGACACAGACUAUAGUUCUGACGGUGGUUAUAAAUCUCUGCCGUCUUCUAUUAACUGCAACGGACGCUCUCCGAAGAAGGUGAGCGGCAUUCCCCGAAGAUCGAUGGAACAAAAGUUCAUUUCCACUAAACAUGUGAAAGCGAGCGCAAUUUGAACGCACAGGGAGUGAUUGAAUUGGUUGAUUGUGAUAUCUAUAGAUAGGCCGGCCUAUUUGGUAACACCUUGGAACAUCCGUGUAGAUACGUCCAGGUUUUCAGGUCCAGUUUCAAAGUUAUCUUUUUCGAUAUAUGGGUGGUUAAGUAUUUUAGUUUCUGAGGUGUAUCGCAGGGUCGAAGGCUCGCUUACGCAAUGUUUUAAAGCAACAGUGCCAUCAAAACCUGGAGUCGAAACGCCCCGGGCGGCACUCGAGCAAGGCUUGUUCGCAUUUAUUUCCACUCCUUACGAGGCUAUAUGUAAGCUACAUUUAAUUGUUGGAUGCCAAAUUAUAAUCGGUAUAUUCAUCUUAAAAUAUAUAUAAUUAGAAUCUAAUAUGUGAAUGUAAAAUCUGUUCUUUUUGUUUGACGUGAAAUGUUCCGUUUCGUAAGUGAUUGCUUCGAGCAUUUUGUUUUAUUAAUUUCUAGAUUGACCUCUGUAUUUACGUACUCUGUAAUUAUAUACACAUAGAGAACGAACUCAUUUUCUGUAGAGUUUAGUUACAAAUUUGUAUACAGACGAUAAAAUGUUAUCUUAGAUUUUCUAUGGUAGACAAACUAGUAGAUAAAGCUGUAAUAUGUGAUAAGGGUGGCUGUUAAGAACUCAUAUUAAAUACUUUCUUGGUAAUCAAUUAGCGGUUUAACAUUGUAUACAGUUUGAUUAAUUGGAAUAUUUACUUGUCUAUGUGUGAUACUACCAUAGUAACAUAGGACAAGUAUGGUAACUCCGUACAAACAUAGCAACGCGGCUUGUAUGUGUGCGCGCCCUUCAAGUGCCGUGUAUGGACGCACACAUCCGCAAAAUGCAAAUUUUUUAUAAUAUCAAAUGACGGCACGUCGAGCGCCUGUCCAUGACACUUGUAGUACCAAUCAGAACUUUAAAUCGAAAGAUCAAGAUCUGAGGGGCACUGCCCGUAACCCUGAGACAUAGUUGACAAGUCACCCCGUCCCUUCACAACCGGAACGCAGUAUUACUAACAUAGUAAUGUUAGUAUUGUCUGCUUGGCGCAGAAAUAGGUAAGGCCUUUCAUUAUUAUAGUGGUGUUCCAUUAUGGGCGGGUAGAUUUUGCCAGUUCAUAGCGGCCAUGUUGUUGAGGCUGCUUUUGUCAAAAAUCGAAUCUGUUGCAUAUUUUUCAGUCAUUAAAGACAAAUUAUGGCAAGUUGCAGCGUCGAGCAACACGUGCAAAUGAUGAAAAAGUAUUAUCAAAAUGGCUGUUCUAUUAUUUGUGGCAAUAAUGCGCACGUUUUAAUGUUUACGUGGUCGUCCUUCCCUGUCGACUGUUCAAAGAAGCCCUUGAUGGAAAAUCCUUUUUAAGCGAAUGUGUGCGUCCGUACACAGCGUGCAGUGAGCGUGCACACAUGUAAACCGCGCUCCUGCGCAUGAAUUGAGUUACCAUACUUAUUGUAUUAUUAUACUAUGAUACUACUUUGUUUGCUGUAUAAAAUUCUUUAGAAAAAGACAGUAGGUAUCAAAUAGGUACAAAACUUCUUAAGCUUAAAGAGCAUUUUUGUAUUUUAAUCACAAAUUGUCAUUUUUAAUGCAUUUGUCGUAAUGUAUUGUAAUGUAUUUAGCCGUUGAAAGUAAUUGUUAAUGUUCCGAAAGCCUAAUACAUAAGUACCUAUCAUAUUGAUACCUAGAAUAUAAUUAUCAUUAAUUGUACCUCUCUGUGUAUGUACUUGGCUACGUCAUCUACUCAUUAUAUUGCGCUUUCCU